UCAACUCCAGUCUAUCGAUGCUAAUGUGCUACUAUGCCUAUGAACCUACCCAUCUUCCUCGACGACCUCCCCCGCCUCCGCCGCCUCCUCACAUCUUGCCCCGCGCUCCGGACCCUCACCCGCAUCCACGCCCUCCUCUUCGUCUCCUCCUCUCACCACCUCCUCUCCCCCAGCCUCGCCACCGCGUACGCCCGCGCCGGCGACCUCGCCGCCGCCGAGUCCACACUCGCCGGCGCACCCACCUCUCCCUCCUCCGUCGCCGCCUGGAACGCCCUCCUCGCCGCGCAUUCCCGCGCGGGGUCCCCGGACGCGGCGCUGCGCGUCUUCCGCGCUCUCCCGCCCGCCGUGCGCCCCGACAGCACCACCUUCACGCUCGCGCUCUCCGCCUGCGCGCGCCUCGGCGACCUCGCCGCCGGGGAGGUCGUCAGGGCCCUCGCGUCCCAGUCCGGGUACAGAAGCGACGUCUUCGUCUGCUCGUCGCUGCUCAACCUCUACGCGAAAUGGGGCGCCAUGGGCGACGCCGUCAAGGUGUUCGACCGAAUGCCGAAGAGGGACCGCGUCACCUGGAGCACCAUGGUCACCGGGUUCGCCAACGCCGGGCAGCCGGAGGAGGCGAUCAACAUGUACAGGAGGAUGAGGGACGGCGGUCUGAAUGGAGACGAGGUUGUCAUGGUCGGGGUUAUAAAGUCGUGCGCGGCGACCGGGGAUGUCCGCAUGGGGGCCUCGGCUCAUGGGUACCUGUUACGGCAUGGUAUGCGGAUGGACGUUGUCAUCUCAACAAGCCUUGUGGACAUGUACGCAAAGAAUGGGCUGUUUGAUCAGGCGCGUCGGCUGUUGGAGCUUACCACGUGUAGGAACAUCGUGUCGUGGAACGCGCUCAUCUCGCAGUUUGCGCAGAGCGGGCGUGCGGACGAGGCGCUCGGUUUAUUCAGAGAGAUGCAGGCCUCUGGUCUGCAGCCUAAUUCAGGGUCGCUUGUUAGCGCUCUGCUAGCUAGCUCCGAUCUUGGAUUCUUCAAGCUAGGGAAGUCAAUACAUGGUUUCAUCUUGAGGAGGCUCGAGCUCGACUGUAUGGCGAUUACAGCAGUCAUCGACAUGUACUCGAAGUGUGGCUCCCUGGCGAGCGCACAAAUGCUUUUCAACAGGGUUGGCUCGAGAGACUUGAUUUUGUGGAAUGUGAUGAUUGCGUGCUACGGUGCUCAUGGACGAGGCCGUGAUGCCCUGUCUUUGUUCCAGGAAAUGAAGAAAACCGAGGUGAGACCUGAUCAUGCCACGUUUGCUUCUCUUUUGUCGGCUCUCAGCCACUCCGGUCUCGUCGAGGAAGGCAAGUUCUGGUUCGAUUGCAUGGUUCAUGAGCAUGGAAUCGACCCUGCGGAGAAGCACCUGGUGUGUAUAGUGGAUCUUUUAGCCCGUUCUGGCCUUGUUGAAGAGGCCAAUGACCUGCUGGCAUCGAUGUGCACUGAACCAACCAUCGCAAUUUUGGUCGCUCUACUUUCGGGCUGUCUGAAUAACAAGAAGCUGGAGCUUGGAGAGAGCACGGCAGAAAAGAUCCUUGAACUGCAACCUGACGAUGUUGGCGUCCUUGCCUUGGUCUCAAAUCUGUAUGCCGCUGCCAAGAACUGGGAGAAGGUCAGGGAAGUGCGCAAGCUAAUGAAGGACCAUGGCAGCAAAAAGGUGCCUGGGUGCAGCUCGAUAGAGUUCCACGGGGCGGUGCAUACGUUCGUCAUGGAAGAUCAGAGCCAUCCUCAGCACAAAGAGAUUCUACAGAUGGUCUCGAAGCUCGACUCCGAGAUGAGGAAGAUUGGCUACGUCCCCAAGACAGAGUUUGUGUACCAUGACCUCGAGGAAGGUGUCAAGGAGCAGCUCCUCAGCCGCCACAGCGAGAGGCUGGCGAUCGCCUUUGGACUGCUGAACACAACCCCAGGAACGAGGCUCGUCGUCAUAAAGAACCUCAGGGUCUGUGGCGACUGUCACAACGCCAUCAAGUACAUCUCGAAGAUUGCUGACAGAGAGAUCGUGGUGCGGGAUGCGAAACGCUUCCACCAUUUCAAAGACGGAGCAUGCUCCUGCGGUGAUUACUGGUGAAGGGUGUUUGACAAGACAAGCUGUCCUCUGUCCACCUCUCUCCAGCAUAGGUGCAUAGCACAGCCACAGAGUACCAGUUCCAGAUUUCUUGUGCAAACACACUGAUUUGAACCCCAGCAACCUCAGCUGAUUUGAUACUGUAGAAAGGAGCGGCUCUCCUUAUUCUGUUCUUAAGGGGACACUUAACUUUGGUAUUUCUUCUAUAAGCAUGAGGUGGCAUCGGAACGUUAUCAUUGUAGCCACUAGUCACUUGGUGUUUGCUCUAUCAGAAUGAAACAACACUACACUUUUAA